CGGCAGUCGGCGCUGCGAGCCGAGCGGCGCGGAGGGCGCGACCGGCGGGCCGGGGCGCGGGGCUGCGCGCUGUCUUGUGGGCUCCUUCUGCGAGCCGGGGCGCGGGCGACACCGCGGACCCCUCGGGCGGGCCCCGGGCUCGCGGCAUAGGGAGUCGGGGACCGCCCGCCGGGGAGCCGGGACCAUGGCGCUACGCGCCCGGGCGCUGUACGACUUUAGGUCGGAGAACCCGGGCGAGAUCUCGCUGCGGGAGCACGAGGUGCUGAGCCUGUGCAGCGAACAGGACAUCGAGGGCUGGCUCGAAGGGGUCAACAGCCGCGGCGACCGUGGCCUCUUCCCGGCCUCGUACGUGCAGGUGAUUCGCGCCCCCGAGUCCGGCCCGGCGGGCGAUUGCGGCCCGGGAGCCCCGGCUCGCUACGCCAACGUCCCGCCUGGCGGCUUCGAGCCCCUUCCCGCCGCGCCGCCUGCCUCCUUCAAGCCGCCGCCCGACGCCUUCCAGCCCUUGCUGCAACCGCAGCAGGCGCCUCCGCCGAGCACCUUCCAGCCGCCGGCCGCGGGCUUCCCGUACGGCGGAGGCGCGCUGCAACCGUCGCCUCAGCAGCUCUACGGCGGCGGCUACCAGGCCAGCCAGGGCAGCGACGAUGACUGGGACGACGAGUGGGACGACAGCUCCACGGUGGCCGAUGAGCCGGGCGCGCUGGGCAGCGGCGCGUACCCGGACCUCGACGGCUCAUCGUCCGCGGGCGGCGCGGCCGGCCGCUACCGUCUGUCCACGCGCUCCGACCUGUCGCUGGGCUCCCGCGGCGGCUCGGCGCCCGCGCAGCACCACCCGUCGGGGGCCAAGAGCUCGGCCACCGUAAGCCGCAACCUCAACCGCUUCUCCACCUUCGUCAAGUCGGGCGGCGAGGCCUUCGUGCUGGGUGAAGCGUCUGGCUUCGUGAAGGAUGGGGACAAGCUGUGCGUGGUGCUGGGGCCCUACGGCCCCGAAUGGCAGGAGAACCCUUACCCCUUCCAGUGCACCAUCGACGAUCCCACCAAACAGACCAAGUUCAAGGGCAUGAAGAGCUAUAUCUCCUACAAGCUGGUCCCCACGCACACGCAGGUGCCGGUACACCGGCGCUACAAGCACUUCGACUGGCUGUACGCGCGCCUGGCCGAGAAGUUCCCCGUCAUCUCGGUGCCCCACCUGCCCGAGAAACAGGCCACUGGCCGCUUCGAGGAGGACUUCAUCUCCAAACGCAGGAAGGGCCUGAUCUGGUGGAUGAACCACAUGGCCAGCCACCCGGUGCUGGCGCAGUGCGACGUCUUCCAGCACUUCCUGACCUGCCCCAGCAGCACGGACGAGAAGGCCUGGAAACAGGGCAAGAGGAAGGCCGAGAAAGAUGAGAUGGUGGGCGCCAACUUCUUCCUGACCCUGAGCACACCCCCCGCCGCCGCCCUCGACCUGCAGGAGGUGGAGAGCAAGAUCGAUGGCUUCAAGUGCUUCACCAAGAAGAUGGACGACAGCGCGCUGCAGCUCAACCACACGGCCAAUGAGUUCGCGCGCAAGCAGGUGACGGGCUUCAAGAAGGAGUAUCAGAAGGUGGGCCAGUCCUUCCGCGGCCUCAGCCAGGCCUUUGAGCUGGACCAGCAGGCCUUCUCGGCCGGCCUGAACCAGGCCAUCGCCUUCACCGGAGAUGCCUACGACGCCAUCGGCGAGCUCUUUGCCGAGCAGCCCAGGCAGGACCUGGACCCCGUCAUGGACCUGUUAGCGCUGUAUCAGGGGCACCUGGCCAACUUCCCCGACAUCAUUCACGUUCAGAAAGGAGCUCUUACCAAAGUAAAGGAGAGUAGGCGACACGUGGAAGAAGGGAAGAUGGAGCUGCAAAAGGCUGAUGGCAUUCAAGAUCGCUGUAACACUAUUUCUUUUGCCACUUUGGCUGAAAUUCACCACUUCCAUCAAAUUCGAGUUAUUUCUGUAAGUAGAUGGAGACCGUUGGUAACAAGACAUGGAAUGUUCCUCAUGCUCUAGAUUGGAUACUAUGACCUGCCAUCACCUACACGAUUUGAUCUACAGAACUCUCCUGCAAAACCAUUUUACAAACAAGAAAACACUCCUCAGUGGUCGCUCAGCCCGAGAGAGGCCGCGCUGGGAUUUGAACCGAGGUCACCUGACUCCACAGCGUGUUAUCAACCACCCCACCGCCUACUUGAGAAUGCGGGGUGAGGUGCUGGAGCCGAUGAGGAGGUGGUGUGGUAGUCUCCUUGAGGACAAGCCCUGUCCCUGACUUACUCCCCCUUGGGGGAUGCUAGGCACCGGCGGUGAAGACAGGAAAGGUGUGGUUUGGAGAACAGAAGAUCUUUGUGACUCACCAGGUUUUUGAAUAACACCGAACUUCAUCUUCUGAAAGGAACGAAAUGCCAGAAUGCUAGCCCUCUGCAUCCGCACUAUUAGCACAAGUGCUCGGGCUGCUCAGGCGGGCGGUUUUCCACAGACAGACCUCUGUUGUACUUGCAGGGGACGGAGGAGGCGGCCACAGGAGGAGACAGCGGCCGGGCCGAGCCACAGUGCCGGCUUUGUUCCGCGGCGGGCCGGCCGGAUUCAGAUCUGUGCCUCAGCGAUGAGACCUGUGACGGCACCUCACGCCCUACCCAGCCAUUUGGGAACGGCUUCAGUUUGGACUGUCAGAUCCCCGCCGGGUGACUGCUGUCUGCUCUCCCGACACACAACCGGCCGAAUUUGAAAGAGAAGCGCAAGCCGAGCUCCGGGAGUCAGGAGGAAGGCUGGCCUCUGAGCGGGUGGCCGGGGCCUCUCACGGUCAAGACCGGGACCGGGAACUCACCGCCAUCAGAGCUGUUUGCCGUCUGAAGCCUCAAGUGAGAUGAACAAGUAAUAAAUUGCCAUGCUGGUUCUGACUCCUUCAUUACAGGAACUUUGAAUGGGACCAGGCUACCUGUCUUCUGACCAGCAUAUUUUCUCCUGCUUUACCUCGUGGGAGACCAAAUCAUCAUCGAAAGGUUGCUAUGGAAAAGGUAGUUACCCACCAUCAACUCACGUUUGAGUCAUUCAAAAAGCUGGAUGAAGCCACCGGCACAGCAGAGACACCCUAGACACUUGGGCUGAUUGAUUUGUCAACAAAUAUUUAUUGAAUUCCUAAUUUCCAGGCAUUGGUCUAGGCGCUAGGAACACAGCAGUGAACAAAACCAGCCCGCAUCCCUGCCCUCGUGAAUUUAUAUUCCAAUGGGAAGAGAUAUAAUAUUCAAAUUAGUGAAAUAUAUACUAUAUAGGUGGUGAUAAGGGAUAUGGGGAAAAUAAAGUGGGGAAGGGGGGUAGGAGUAUAGUGAGGGGUGGGAGAAUUUGUUAUUUUAAGUAAAGUGGCCAGAAUGGGCCUCCAACCUGAAGUAAAGACCUGAAGGACUUAAGUUUUGAGCCAUGUGACUACCUAAGGGAAGAACAUUCUGGAACAUUAAUAGCAAGUGCAAAGGCCCUGAGGCCAGAGAGCUUACCUGGCAUGUUAGAAGCCCAUCAGGGAGGUAGGAUGGGAUGGGAGUGGGAAUGAGGUGUGGGGGGUAGAGUGUAGAGGUGGUGGUGGUGGAGGCCUGAGCAGGAAGAGAUGCCUCCCAGAGGUGGGGGGAUCCAGUCAUAGAAGGCCGUAUAUAGGCUGUUGUGAGGACUUUGGCUUUUUCUCUGAGUUGGGGAGCCCUGGAGGGUUUGGGCAGAAAAAAAAGCAUGAUUUACCUCAUGUUGUGACAGGGUCACUUUGGUUGAUCAAUGGGGGUAGCAAAGGCAGAAACGGAGACCAGUUAGGAGACUUCCUGAUAAUCCAGGUGUGAUGGGGGCCCACACUAAGGUGGAAGCUUAGGAUAGUCAGGUUGAAUUUCUUGACGAGGGCACUAUGUCCCCAUUGUGGAGCUUAGCAAGCCCAAGAACAGUGUCUUCCUUUGUUUUCUAUGCCUCCAUGGCUGAGGAUUAUCCCUUUGAUGGGUAACUUAUUACUUUGUAGUUAAAUGAUCUAUCUUGCUCUGAUUCAAGAGCUAUUUGUUCUCCUUAGAGUGACUCUUCUGAUCUAUUAAAUAAUGAUUUUAUAACUCAGCUCUCAGAGAAUACUCUUAAGUUCUUAGGGGCCACCUCAUCACUGCCCCCAGGUAUAGAAGCCUGACUAGAGAGGUCUGACACAGAAAAUUGACUUCCAAGGUUUUGGGGACACAUACCCAUAUUUCAGCAGUAGAUUGGCCGUCCUGUUACGGCCUGAGAAUCUUUUCUUUCUCUUAGUGCAGUUCUGUCUGCCUGGUUGCCAUGGUGACUCUCUCUGACCAGUGCUGAGAUCUUCAACAUAGGGCUUGAGGGCCCAGCAGGUGUCUCUCCAUCCACCCUCGGGACCUCAUAACUGCCAGCUCAGGAUGCUGCCACAUGACAUUUGCAAACUGAAUGGGCGAACUUUAGCAGACUGUUCACAAUUCCUUUGGAUUCCUUCCCCCUUAAUGUGCAAACAUCUAUCUGGUCUCUUGCUCUUUGUGGUUGGGCCUUCCUUGUGCCCUGUGUUCUGCCUGCUGGCGAGGGUGCUUGUGCUGUGCCCUGCAGUCUGUCCUCAGUGAGACUUUUUAUUGAAACGUCCUUUUACUCCCAUUUGUUGAUCUAUUUUUUUUUUUCAACCAUUGUUCGUCUUUUAACAAAUAACCUGCAAAUGAGUUAAAACUUCAGAGGAUUCCUCUGCCAGGCUCUCCUACUUGCAGGUAUGGUAUUUUUCAACCCUGGCUUUACAUUAGCAUCAGCUGAGGAACUUUCAAAACUAUGAAGAUGCCUGGACCACACUCUAAACCAACUGAAUCAGAACCUAGAGAGUGGGACACAGGCUUCAGGAUGUUUUAAAAAGCCUCCCCCGCCCACCCCACCCGACGAUUCUGAUGCACAACUUUGCUUUCUUUCUUAAAGGCAGUAUAAACAGGGCCUAGCACCGGCAGGCUGUUGAGGCUGCUCGUUCUCUAAGGCGCUCAAAGGUUCUCUCUUGUCUCAGGGAGGUUUUAUGGAGAGUCAGAGAAAAUCAGUGAAGGGACUGAAAGAAGAAAACGUUCAUUAUAUAAAGUCAAAUGUCCCAUUACCAGAACACAUGGCCUGCAAUGAACGAUGAAUUAAUAUAAUUUUAGUCUGUAAUCCAUUUGAAAAGCACAAUUUUAUUUCAUUGUAUUUUGUAUGUAUUAAGAGCAGUGAUCUGUUAAAUAUAAAUGAUUAAAAUAUACCACGAAAUGUUUUCCAUUCUUCAAUGCAUCGAGGUUUUAAAGAACCAGAAGUGGUUCCAGCCUGCCUGGGGCCAAGGGGCUCCUCUGGGGAGUGGCCUGGGCCUGGAGGAAUGAGCGUGGGGCAGCGACUCCCGUGAGCCAGGUCUUCCUUUUCUGGCCCUGAGACUCUGGGCAGAUCCCUCCAUC